AUGGUAAAUCAUUCAGUAACUUUUAGGGAACAUGAAACAGGUGUUUAUACUAACACAAUAGAGGGAAACCAGCGUUCAUUAAAAGCCUCUAUACCUGAUAGGUGCAGAAUAAAAAGACCUGUUCCUUUUUUUUUCUAG